AAACAACGCACAUUCAAAUAAGGUCAAUAUAAACACAACAACGUCACUAAACCACUCGUAACGUACGGUUGUGUGAAUACAAUAUUCCAACAAAUAUCAUUAUUUUUCAUUAUAAAACUUGUAAACAAUAAAAAUGAAGAGCAAUAACAUAUCUUUGGAGUGUUCUGUGUGGAUAAACAAUUAAAAUGAGAAACAAGGAAGAUGUCUUUCUUUUAUUUAUCACCCGUGAAAGGCAAUUUACCUGCGCAUUUAUUGGAAAUAAUUAUAAAUAAUAGAUUGCUUUAUUUGGAGGACAUUUUAAAAGGUGAACAUGUUAUUUAUAACGAAUACGUAGUUGAAGGCAGUGUAUAUGAUAAUGUAGGACACUUCAUGCUCUGUGUUACCGCAAUACUGAACAGAAGUUUCAGUUUUGUACAAUUUUUAAUGAAGGCAGAAGUGGAGUUAUUUAAACGACGUAUAUCGUCCAUCUCUGCUUACGACAUGCGAUCGUUCGCUAAGAAGUUGAUACGAUGUAUAAAAAAAUAUGGCGAGGUUCCGAGUUUUAUCGACCCACUGUUACUUAUGAGCCGGCAUUUGAUGCUGAAAGAUUUAGCCCAGCAUAUAUGCGCAUCGUCUCAUUGUACUGAAUGUACGAACCAUUAUAUUCAAUUACAUUUUCGACAUUGUCCUCAAUUGAUAGCUAAAAGACAAGUAGAACUAAGAAAUGGUAUAGCACAUUUACCUUGUGGAAAAUGGAAGCAAUAUUUGAUACAACUAUACAGUAUGAAUUUAAGAUACAGAAUUAACAAUACCAAUUUAGAACCACUAAGAAGUGAUCCUAGACUGAUUGAUGUAUUACAUAAAGUUAAGGGCCACAUAAAAGUUGACAAUGUUUUAAAUAGUAAAUUGUGUAGUAAAGAUGUUGAUAAAAUAUUAGAUUAUUUCCCACCGUGUAUGUCAAAUCUCCAUCAGACUCUACGUAAGAAACAUAGAUUAUCUCACACUCAGCGUUUUUAUUACACAUUAUUUCUGAAAGACAUCGGUAUGCCCGUCGAAGAGGCUGUUGACUUCUGGAGAAGGGAGCAUAGUCAAAGCCCCAAUGGCAGCCAUACUUGCAGCCACCAUUGGGAAAAGGAUGAAAAAAAAUUUGUUUAUGGUAUAAGACAUAUGUAUGGUUUAGAAGGUGGGAGGAAAAGCUAUUCAUCUGUUAGUUGUCAGCAUAUUCAGAGUAAAGAUGUCUCAUGCAGUGAAGGUGGUUGCCCAUUCAAGUGUUUUGACAUAGACAAUAUGGUAAAGACUUUAAAACUUGACCAUAAAGAUCCUCUUUUGUCACAAAUUGAUGAAUUAAGAAAAAAGAAGCAAUAUACAUCUGCAUGUAUUCUAUAUUUAAAGAAUAAACACAAUUUGUCCUGUGAUAAUAAUCUUAGCUUUAAUUUUACACCAGUUAAGUUUUAUAUGAAAUGUUUUGAUGAAAAUUGUGUUGACAAAUAAAAAU